GUGAUAUGUUCCGAGCGCCAGAGAUGUCUACACCAAUCCUUUCAAGGUGUCCUGCGAACCGACGCCUCGGCGGCUGCCCAUGCAUACGUCAGACGCAGCGCUUCCGACGGAUCCUCCUACAUAUUGGCAACAUACUGUCCACUGGCGAGUUUCCUCUGGAUGCAUCAAAACAAAUCUCAUGAGACUGGUGCUGUGUGACGAAUCUCCUUGAGUCUCUCCUUGAAUUUCUUUAUUCCGAAGCUGCUGGUUCAGCGCCGUUUCCCUGAUGUUACUCUCGUAGAUUCCCUCCGCUUCUGUACAACUAUGUUCCUCAGCCACUCCAGCUGGCUAUGCAUUAUAUUGCCUACCCUAAUAGGAGCCACGCCUCACAAGACUGCACCGGCACGACCCAAGCGUUCGCUACCCCCAAAGCUUCAACAGCAGGUACCUGCAUGUGCACAGCCAUGCCUGCGGACCUCGCUAUCCGAACAGUUUCCUUUUGCAUGUACUACUCCCGUGGAUCUCAGUUGCCUAUGUUCUCGAUAUAGCUUCAACGGCCAGGCGCUGGGCGAAGUGGCUGUCGGAUGCAUAUAUGCAUCCUGCUCCACGUAUCAUGGUGCGACUUCAGCCUACAACAUUUGUUUGGGACAGAGUUAUGCCGUUGCACCAACAUUGACGGCUCUCACGAUUGUGGCAAUAACCUCUUCAACGCCCGUGAGCAUGACUACCUCCCGUCCUAUCACUAUUACGACUUUUCAUACAACACCAAAAACAUCCUCAAAACUCCAAACUCGGACCUCCCAUACAGAAACGGUCAUUGCAGAUUCUGUCUCAUUGAUUCCAUCCGCGACUUCGACAACACCGCCGCAGACGACAACACCGCUUCCUGCUUCAGAACCCCCCAAGACAAUGACACCUGCUCAGAUAGCGGGACUGGCGGUCGCGGUGGGGGCAGCCUUCGUCAUCGCUAUCGGACUCAUGGGGCUCACAAUUUUUCUACGAAAACGAAGAGAGCGGAAGAAGGGUGUCCUAGUAAACGAGAAGGAACCGUCAUCACCGGGCCCAAGCACAUACUCAUCGCGCUAUUCGCUACCUUUUGUGCCGCAGUCCUCAAUGCCAGAUCCGCCUAAGCGAUUUCUCCUGCCGCCCCCUCCUGUUUAUAAAAGGUCCGGGCAAAGUAUAAGAACUCAGUAUGAAGCAGAUGCACUACCUAAGCCAUUGAAGUUGAACGGCACUCGCAACCUCGAUACAGGUUCGGAGCAGCCGGUUGCAUCAUCCAAUGCCAAUCCAGGCUCGAUACAUCCGCUCCUGCGCCCUGAUCCGAAGACUCUAGGAAAUGCAUCCAGCUCAUCCGUACCACUUGAGGAGAUUGGCCUUGCAAUCACCGUUGAGCCACCCCGACCGGCUACAGGUCAAAACGAGCAGAAAACACAACCUCCGAUACAGGAGAAGAAAUAUGAACGUCCCGCUAUCUCUCGACGCAAUGCCGACCUCUCACAGCGACCCGAUAGUGUUAUGACCCAGACUACCCUGUUCGAGGAGGACGAUUUCCGCAGGGAGUCCAAAUUGUUGCCUGCUUUGCCCCAAGUGCCUAUUCCACCGAUACGUACAUUCCAGCCUUCGAGACCCUUGCCAUCUACGAGCCCAAUCCAAGCUGCAAUGGAGAGUAUAACGAUCCGGCGGGUGCCUCAGCAAUCUGAACUGUUCUUGGACAUUCCCGUCAGAUACUCAAGAUCGCAACUUUCGAUCGUCGCAACAUCACAGUCGUUACCAUGUGGCAAGCGGGAGUCGGCUGCUGCCCUCCAUAAGCAGCUGCCCUCUGCUUCUCGUACAUCAGAACACGACCCCAGGUCUGCCGAAUCGGAAAUCAAUCAUGGUGACAUACCGGACUACUACUUCACAACUUAUGAUCAGCCCAAGACAAUCCACUCAGUCUCGCCUGGCAACCAAGGGAGACGAUUGCGAUCGAAAGCGGACCAGACAUACGGAACUACUAAACCAAAGCGCUCCUCCAGCACCGUGUCACGGGCAACUUCACGAGCGUCAACGAAUAUUCGUGACUCUUGGUCGUCUCAAACGUCUUUCGAAACAGUAGAUCCUGAAGAUCCCACACCAGAAGAUGAUGACGGCGAUAAGCGACUUCAAGACGGCAGGCUCUCACCAGUAGCAGAGUCUCCCAUCCAUAAGCUGCGAUAUCCUAAGGUCCCUCGUACCUCCAACCAGCUCGUCCCACGCAGUCCCAAAAGCCCGCAGAGUCAAGCGAGUCAAAAUAGUCCCCGUUGGCAAUCGCAACCAUCGUCACUGCUCGUGAAGCGCAAAGGCGAACAAGGUGCCCUCAAACUCGGCAGUCCAUUCCGAUCGGGUUCACCAGAUGCGCGGACAGCGAGCGAGAUACGCAGGUAUCGGCACCACCUUCGUAGCAGCAGCGUCGAAGCCUUCAGCCCCGCGCGAAACAGCGAGCGGUCCACUCGUACCCAAAGCAGUCUUUGGCCUAAGAGUCCCGCCAUGUUCGAGCCAGACGUCGUGAGACCACUUACUAUUCGCAAGACGCAACUGCUGCAGACACCAACAGAAGAUAUGCACGCGCUUAAGAGCCCGGUUUGGGUGCCGAGACUGACGCCUACAAGGCAAGGCGACGAUCUUUUCAUCAACGUUACUUACUCAAAGCCAGGUCAGCCCAGUAGUGGCACCUCUUCUUACAUUCCCUAAUUCCACAACUACUCUCUUCUCUUCUCAUUCUUUCUUUACCAAUUUGUAAUAACAACGGGCAUUGACUGCCUCUUCCUGUCAAUACCGCGGUGUCUUCCAUCCACACUAUAUCUCUCCGUCAAGACUUGACAUUCUCUUAUCAUACUGUGUAUUGUACGAUACCCACGCGCACUCAUUAAAAUGUUUCUUUGCAUCAGCAUGGCGUUCAGUCUGGAGAUUCUGGAGGAAAUGUACUAUAGUAGAAGUGCCACAGGUAUAUACGAAG